GAUUGACCCUUAAGUUUAUUAUUUUACUCUUAUCUUCAACAAAAAUACGUUUAAUUUUUCUUCUUAAGUAAAUAUAGUGUAUUGAGCUGCAAAACUAACCUGUUGAAUUUAUUAACAUGGAUAGUGAGCCACCAUCUGAUGGAUAUCUGAUUGAUUUGAUUGACAACGAGUGGCUAACAGAUGAGUUGCCCAAUGAUCAGAUAAUGGUGCCUUACGAGAAACUUCCUGAUCCGGAAGCGGAUAACGGUGAUUCUCAUCUCACACUGACCGAGCAGGAGCAAAAAUGGACGGAUCUUGCUUUUUCGAUGCUCGCCCCCGAGUUAUCAAUUUCGGAUCAGUUGAAUAUGAAUGGUGUUUAGAAUGAGUCAUUGUGAAAC